AAUCAAACAUUUCUCCAUAAUCAUGUGACCCUCGUUCCAGAAAUUGCUCUUGUUGUUCCAGAAUCACCCUCGUUCCUCAAACCCAUAACUUCAACUUCUCUCGUCACUCCUCAAAUCUGGACUCGCUAUUCUUCACACCCAAAAAGAUCUUGCUGCUCAUCUCAAAUAACAAAAGAUUCAUCACUGUUCUACGUUUACGACAUUUUCGGGGUUGUUGCGUUCUUGCUUCUCUGUGCUGUUGUGUUGCUGCUUCUUGCGUUGGUGUGUUCAGGAAUAUCUCAAAGAAAAACUCGUGGGAGAACUUUGUGCAAAAAGAUUCAUGCAAGAACUUUUGAAGAGCUAGUAGAAGUGACCUAUAAUUAUGUUGACCAGCCUACCGGUCCCACUAAAAAAGUGGUAUCUGACUUGAGCCUCUUCUUGGGAACAUUGGCAAGGAACUUAACAUUUUGUCCUCUAAAAUAUACCAACUGGUCAGCAAUGCCAGAAAAAAAUAAAAACCGUGUAUGGAGAUAUGUUAAUCGGAAGUUUAUCUUGUCAGUUGAAGCACGAGAUUGGGUUAAGACUACUGUUAGAGAUGCAUGGAGAAGAUAUAAGCACAAGAUUAAGAAGAAUCAUUUUCUGAAGUAUCGCAACAUGACCGAAAGACUUAAACAUUGUCCUCCAAAGGUGCCAAUAGCUCAUUUUAGGGAGCUUUGUGAAUUCUAUAGUAAGGAGCCUAUACAAGCAUUGGCUGAAAGUAACGCUAAAAAUAGAGCUCAACUGAAGUGUCUGCAUCGAAUGGGUCCCCAAAACUUCUCUCUGACUCGUGAAAAACUUUGUGAAAAAGGAAAAAAGAGAACCCACUCAAUCAGAAAUGUUUUUUUGAAACUCGGAAAGGAAGUAGAGGAAAGCAAUUGGAUGAAGAAUCUGGAAAAGUAUUUUCCCAACUUCAAGAAAUGGUUGAAAAGAAAGGAAGUGAUACUGAAGCUCUUAAAGCUGUUAUGGGAAAGGAGCGUCCCGGCAGGUUACGUUGUUAUGGGAGAACAGUAACUAAAACUUCCUUAAAGCGAAAGGUUGAGAUUAAUGCUAAACAAGCACAUAGUCAAGAGGUAUCUACUUUAAGGCAUGAAUUUCAAGAUCAGAUUGAUAGAUUGCAAAAUGCGUUUAAGACUGUCAUACAACAAUGCAAUCCUCAAUUAAAUAUGGACUCAAUAGAACAUUUGCUAGGAUUAUCUCAUGGAGAUGUUAACAGUUUCCCAAAGGAUAGUAGAGCACAAAUGCAUUCCUCUACUUCAAUUCAAACUUCAUGUCUUGAAAAGCGAGUUAUCAAUGAAGCUGUUGUACAGGAUGACAUAG